ACAUAACUUUAAAUGCGUGCAUCAUUUUGGGUGUUCUGACAGGUUCUGCUAAAUUACAAAAUGGAUUCAAAUUCAAAUGAGUUGGUCAGGGCAACGCAGUCAGAUUGCCUUAUGACAUCAUUUGAUAGGUUCAAAGAAAAUGGGUUUCUUUGCGAUUACUCUGUCAAUGUUGGUAGCAAAUCAUUCCGAGUUCACCGCACUGUUUUGGCAGCCUCUUCAGAAUACUUUGAAGCCAUGUUUUCAAGCAACUUAAAGGAAGUUCAUGACGGUCACGUUAAUAUGAAGGAUGUCGAUCAGGAUGGGAUCGCACAAUGCAUAGAGUUCAUGUAUAAAGGAAAGGCAGAUUUGAGAAUGGAAAACAUUCAACAUAUCCUGCAAGCAUCCCAUCUUUUACAAAUGGCAAACUUGACAGAGCAUUGCUUCAAUUACUUGAAAACAAAUAUUUCCCCAGUGAAUUGUCUCUCAGUAAUCAACUUGGCUCAAAUGUAUGAUUGCCGCGAUAUAAAAGAGCAAGCCGAAAAGGUCGUGAUGUCUAAUUUCAAAUCUGUUAUUUCCUCUGAGAUGUUUCCAUUCGUCACCAAAUCAGAUCUCUUGCGUUACAUGAGGAACAGGACUUACGAAACGGCAUGGAAAGCUGUGGUAACAUGGGCAGGAGGAAAAGACAACAUAGAUGUUUCAGAUCUUGUCAGCAUCGAGCUCUUUCCAUUCAAAUUUAUGUUGGAAACUAUCCUUGAAGAACCCAUUGUAAAAAAGAAUAAAACAACCGAAGAUUCAGUGAUUACUGCCUUAUUCUCCAAUGUGAAAAAACUGGAGUCAGGUCUCGAGAUUGACAACUGCUUUACUUUGAAGAACCUGGCUGAGACACAUCAAGUUUCUGAUCGGAUCACAGUAAAAAAUGUGAUAAUUAGGUUUUUGGGGGCAAAUUUCGAACACGUUAUUGAAAAUAAGGAGUUUCUUGAUAUCAGCAAGGAUGACAUAAUGGCGCUUUUCAAAUCUUCAAACACAAAGUAUCGUUCGGAAACUGUCAAAUGGGAGGCGAUGAUGAAAUGGGUGAAACACGAUGUCAAAAACAGAAGAAAGACAUUUCAAGACUUGUUUAGUUUUCUAAAUCUCAAGGAUUUACCUCUUGAGUUUCUAAAGGAGACAGUCCGAAUUGAACCACUGGUUAAAAAAUCAGAGAAAUGCAUCAACAUGCUCAUAGAAGAAAUAUUCUCUCGUGCUUCAAAAGUUGUUCCACAAAGUGAAACAAACAAAGACAAAUCAUCCACUGAAGAUUCAAGCUGGUCACAGGACCAUGAGGCUGUUGCUGAUGAAGCAUCUGCUCAUGAUAUUCCUGAACUCGGAGAUACAGGUGCCAUGCCUACGUAUUCCCCCUACCAGAGGCAGUGGACUUCUAUGCAAUAUGGAGACUAUGGAGGAACAGAAAAUGAAGGGCAAUAUUUUGAACCCCAUGUUUGGGGCGCCAUGCCUAUGAAUACCUGUUCCCAGAGGCAGGUGACUCCUAGAUCUAUGAAUCCCCGUUCCCAGAGGCAGGGGAUCCUUGAAUUUAUGAAUCUACGUUCUCAGAGGCAGGUGGCUUCUAUUUCUGUGAAUCAUCGUUCCCAGAGGGAGGCGACUGCUAUGCAAUGUGGAUGGUUCUCUCGAGCCAUUAAAGGUGUAAAUUAUGGAGAUAACUACGACCUCCAAGAUGAUGAAUCAUCCAACGAAAAUACAAGCCCGUCACGGGACAAUGCAGUUACUGACGAAGCAUCUGCUCGUGAUAUUCCUGAACCAGAACUCCGUCCAAGGCACACGCGCGAUUCUUCUGAUGAACGCAGGGUAAAUUAUCGAUUUGGUAAUCAACGAGGGAGGGGAGGACGACGUAGAAGAUGAUUAGUUAUGGCCACCGACAGAGAUCACUGAUAGAAUGGUUUCAUGCCACCACUGGUGCGCUUUGUG